UGUAUCAUUGAAGGGGCAAGCGGUGCUGUAAGAAUAGCAGGAUUUUUCAUCACUUCCUCUGGAAAAAAUGUUGCUCUUCAAGCCAGUGCUUCUUCAUGUUCAUGUGACUAUCACUAUUACACUCUCAAGUGAAACAUUAGGAGCAGAUGUUAUCUUUGUCAUUGUACACUGGUUUUGACAGCACAACUUUCAGCUACUGUGAAAUCCUACCCUACAAAUGCUGAUCGGACUGUAGCUCUCAGUGACACCUUGUGUGAGAUUUCAAGGACAGCACAGGCUGAGCAAACUCUAGCCAGAUAAUCAAAAAAGGCAACCAUGUCUGACUACACUGAUUCUUUGACUGAUGUCUCCAGUGACAGUUUUUGGGAGGUUGGGAAUUACAAACGAGCUGUAAAACGGGUGGAUGAUGGGAAUCGUCUGUGUAAUGACUUGAUGAACUGCAUUCAUGAGCGAGCUCGCAUUGAAAAAGCAUAUGCACUGCAAUUGACUGAAUGGGCCAAGCGCUGGAGACAACUUAUAGACAAAGGGCCUCAGCACGGGACGGUGGAGCGGGCCUGGUGUGCCCUGAUGACCGAAUCAGAGAAGGUCAGUGAUCUCCACAUGGAAAUAAAGGGUGUUCUCAUGAGUGAGGACUUUGAAAAAGUGAAAAACUGGCAGAAAGAUGCCUACCACAAGCAGAUGAUCGGAGGGUUGAAGGAAACCAAAGAGGCUGAAGAUGGCUUUCGCAAAGCUCAAAAACCAUGGGCUAAGAAACUUAAAGAGGUGGACAUAAUGAAGAAGGCAUACCACACAGCCUGUAAGGAAGAAAAGUUGGCCACCACCAGGGAGAGCAACAGUAAGCUGGAGAGCAACAAUCCGGAGGCCCAGAAAAAGCUCCAAGACAAAGUAGAGAAGUGCCAGCAGGAUGUGCAAAAGUCUAAGGAGCGCUAUGAGAAGGCCCUGGAGGAGUUGGAUAAGGUAACACCUCAGUACAUGGAGAACAUGGAGCAGGUGUUUGAGCAGUGGCAGCAGUUUGAAGACAAGAGACUGCACUUCUUCAAAGAGCUUUUGCUGGAUGUCAAACAACACCUUGACCUCUCUACCAAUCACAAGUUCCAGGACGUGUACCAGACAUUGGAGGACACGAUCCAGGCAGCUGACACAGAGGAAGAUCUGAAAUGGUUCCGUUCCAACCAUGGCCCAGGCAUGCCUAUGAACUGGCCUCAGUUUGAGGACUGGUCUAUAGACUUUAAUCGGUCGCUGAGUCGGAGAGAAAAAAAGAAGCCAAGUGAUGAAGUAACACUUACAGGCAUCAGUCAAACAGUAGAACGAGCAGCCAAGACCAGUAACAGCUUGACUGUGCCCAGUAGUACAGAAGCAGUGGGCUCAAACCCAUUUGACGAUGAGGAUGAUGAAGAGCAGACGCCAGCAGUGCAGCCCAACAGCAGCCCAGCCAAUGUGAAAAAAGACGAAGUUGUUGCCAAAAUUACCAACAAUGAGGAGAAGACACGAGAUUCAUCAGAUGAAGAGACCGGGAACCCUUUUGCAGCAGACACAAAUGGAAACGGGAAUCCGUUUGAGGACGAACCAGGUUCUCCUAAGAUUUCGGUUCCUGUACGAGCUCUUUAUGACUAUGAAAGCCAGGAGCAGGAUGAGCUGAGCUUCAAAGCAGGUGACGAAUUUAUUAAGGUCGGAGAGGAGGAUGAGCAGGGGUGGUGCAAAGGACGUCUGAAUGAUGGCAAAGUUGGACUCUACCCAGCUAAUUAUGUGGAGGACAUUCAGUAACCAGAGGAAAUAAGAGCAGUGGAGAGGAAGAAAGUGAGACUAAGAGAAGAAAGGAGGAAGGGAGUGAUUUCUGAUGAUGAGAGGCUGCUCGUUAAUCCCCCCCUUGUGGUGGAGGAUGGACCAACUGCUGCAAUAAUCCAAAAUGUCUUUCCACCCAAAUUUUCUUAUUGAUGCUGGCCUUUUUUGGAGAUUUAGGAGCAGAUACCAUGCUAUGAUCUCAUUACAAAUGUUUUUUUUAACAAAAGCUGUAAACAACAGAUCUGCACAAAAGGGCAGAAAGACAUGCUGUGUUUUAAUUACAUAGAACAAAAUAUCAUUUGAUAUUUGAUCCAUUUUUAAAGUUCUAAAUGCAGUAUCUGUUUUCUCAUACCGUCUGGUCUGGAUUCUGUGAACAGCAACAUGGAGCAUCUUGAGGUGGAGCGUUUCACAGGUUACCGUCUUCUCUGUUGCUCUUAUAUUGCUAUAAGUCAGGGAAACCUGCUCUGUUAAUAAAAAAGGUUAUUUAAUGUUCUAUGAUCAAUAGUAUGUUUCCAUACAUGUUACAUAAAAGCUAUAUUUUGGUAAUUACCUUAUUACAAAGACAUGGAGACUAACUUUCAGAACAUGGCAAAGUUGUCACCAUGUAAAUAUCUUCAGAGUAUUUCCAUUAUUUUUUAAACACUGUUUCCAGCAGCAAUGCAUCAGAGAAAGUCUAGAGGUUUUAUUUUCCAACCAAAUUUUAAGUGUGUGUGUGGAUGGAUGAAAAUUUUUAUUUGUAUUUUUUUGGUGGAAAUUAAGUCAGACCCUGAUCUAAACUAGACCGGCUAAGCUAAGCCAGGUUGAUCGCUGGAUUAGUUUUUCAGGGAAGAGUUGAAGUGUGAUCGUUGAGUCCCAGGUGACCUUUGUGCUGUUCACCUUCAUUGCUGGUCAAGUCAGGAACUUUUCACUUUUUUCAUGAAAACAGUUUAUUGUGCUGUUUUUGAGCAUCAUUUGGUUUUGUUUCAAGUAGUUUUUGUUCUUGGGGAAGGUCUCUCACUUGAAGUUUUAUUUUAGCUUCAUUUUAACCUGCACUGGAAAGUUCACAGCAAAUACACAGAAGAUAAAUUGGAAUACUUUUUGUUUAAACCUGUUACAAACCUGUCAAGAUUGAGCAAUGUUAGGAAAAGAUGCCGAAACAUGAUACUAUUUGUGCAUGUACAUUAUAAUGAACAGGAUGAGCAUUUUUAAAUUUUUCGACAGACAGUAUAAGUUUAAAAUGUAGACAUUUUUUGAGACUAAUUUAUAAAAUGCCAUAAGUUGCUCCUGAAUAAAUGCUGUGAUUCAGAAUCAGAAUGUAUAUUAAGCAUGUAUGUAAUUUGAAUAUGAUUUUAUUAUUUUCUUACCUGUAUUAUUAUUAUAUGGAUUUUAUUUCAUUUUUCAGAUGGUCAUAUUGAGGUAUUUAGACAUACAUUGUUAUAAACUGAUUGAAUUGACUUUCUUUUGAGUUUGAGAGUUUGUAAUUGGUAUUAUUAUAAAGACCCAUGCUCAUUAAUGGAUGUGCUCUAUUAACACCAUCUUAUAAGAGCAGGAGCAAAUUAAUUUUGAAUGUAUCAGAGGUUUGCUGCAAUUAUUGAGAAAUGGCGUAAGAGUUUUAUUUUGGGGUUUUAGUAUGUAAAACAGCAAGUGUGCUUCCACUGUACACCUUGUUAAAUGUCACCUUGGCAGUUGGCAAAUAAAUGAUUUAAAAUGAGAA